AUGUCGAACCUGCCUUCUGAGCCCGAAUUCGAGCAGGCCUACAAGGAGCUUGCGAGCACCCUUGAGAACAGCACUCUGUUCACCAAGAACCCCGAGUACAAGACCGCUCUCAAGGUUGUCUCCAUCCCUGAGCGUAUCAUCCAGUUCAGAGUCGUCUGGGAGGAUGACUCUGGUAACCUCCAGGUCAACCGUGGCUACCGUGUCCAGUUCAACUCGGCCCUCGGUCCCUACAAGGGCGGUCUCCGUUUCCACCCUACCGUCAACCUGUCCAUCCUCAAGUUCCUGGGUUUUGAGCAAAUCUUCAAGAAUGCCCUGACUGGCCUCAACAUUGGUGGUGGCAAGGGUGGAGCCGACUUUGACCCCAAGGGCAAGAGUGACAACGAGAUCCGCAGAUUCUGCGAAUCUUUCAUGAGAGAGCUCUCCAAGCACAUUGGCGCCGACACUGACGUGCCCGCCGGUGAUAUUGGUGUCGGUGGCCGUGAGGUUGGCUACCUGUUUGGCGCCUACCGCCGCGAGCGCAACCGAUGGGAGGGUGUCCUUACCGGCAAGGGCGGCUCCUGGGGUGGCAGCUUGAUCCGCCCCGAGGCCACUGGCUACGGUCUCGUCUACUACGUCGGCCACAUGUUGGAGUACGCCGGCAAGGGAAGCUGGGCUGGUAAGCGCGUCGCCAUCUCUGGUUCCGGCAACGUCGCCCAGUACGCUGCCCUGAAGUGCAUUGAGCUCGGCGCCACCAUUGUCUCUCUCUCUGACUCCCAGGGCGCUCUCAUCGCCGAGGGUGAUGCCUCAUUCAGCCCCGAAGAUAUCGAGAAGAUUGCCGACAUCAAGCUCGCUCGCAAGGCCUUGACUGCCUACGAGCACAAGGGUAGCUUCAAGUACAUCCCUGGUGCCCGUCCCUGGGUCCACGUCGGCAAGGUCGACGUGGCACUGCCUUGUGCUACCCAGAACGAGGUCAGCAAGGAGGAGGCUGAGACUCUCGUCGCCAACGGCUGUCUAUUCGUUGCUGAGGGUUCCAACAUGGGUUGCACCCAGGAGGCCAUUGACGUCUUUGAGGACAUCCGCAAGGAGAAGGGUGCUGGUGCCGUCUGGUACGCCCCUGGUAAGGCUGCCAACGCCGGUGGUGUGGCAGUCUCUGGACUCGAGAUGGCACAGAACAGCCAGCGUCUGAGCUGGACCACUGAGGAGGUUGAUGAGAAGCUCAAGCUCAUCAUGAAGAACGCCUUCGAGAACGGUCUCAACACCGCCAAGGAGUACGUCGAGGCCAAGGAGGGUGAACUGCCCAGCUUGGUCGCCGGUAGCAACAUUGCUGGCUUCGUCAAGGUUGUCCGCGCCAUGCACGACCAGGGCGACUGGUGGGCCAAGCAGUAA